ACUUGUAUUUGUACACAAUGGCGUACAUUGCCUUUUGUUCUUGCGUUCUUAUUGAUUUUGAAAACAAAAUUUGCUUAUUUCAUAGAUAAAAUGGAUAAAGUUCAACAAAAUGAUAACACAAAUCGUGAUGAAUUAAUAAUGCAGCAACAACGCGAAAUUGAAAAGGAGAUAAGUGACUCCAUACCAUUGGUCAGUGAACAAUUGCCAAUAACUUGCCUUAAUGCUGAAUAUCUAGGCGAUGCAGUGUUCACUUCAAAAAUUCAAGAACUCGCUAGCAAAUAUAAAUUCUUACGGCGUACUAGGCCUGAUGGAAAUUGCUUCUUCCGGGCAUUCGCUUACGCUUACCUAGAGCAUUUAAUUUCCAAUAAAGAUGAGUAUCAACGAUUUAAAGAUUUGGCGGACAAGUCAAAAGAUAAGCUGGUGCAAUUAGGUUUCCCUAGCUUUACUCUGGAAGAUUUUCAUGAUACGUUCAUGGAAGUUGUCAAGCGUGUAGAUCCGGCAGCCGGUUCGACAGAGUCAAUGGGUGAGGAGCUACAUAAAGUAUUUAAUGAGCAAGGUUACUCCGACUAUGUGGUUGUGUAUUUGAGAUUAUUAACCUCUGGUAAACUACAAGAGGAGGCUGACUUUUAUCAGCAUUUCAUUGAAGGCAACUUUACCAUUGAGGAAUUUCGUCAUCAAGAAGUAGAGCCAAUGUACAAAGAAUCGGACCAUAUACAUAUUAUAGCAUUAUGCACUGCUUUAGGCGUGGGUGUACGCGUAGAAUAUAUGGAUCGUGGAGACACACAUGUAAAAGCGCACGAUUUCCCAGAGGGAAGUACGCCAAAAGUUUUCUUAAUUUAUCGGCCGGGUCAUUAUGAUAUACUUUAUCCUAAUUGAAUUGCAAAAUCAUAAAACAUUAAAGGAUCAUAGCGUUUGGCCUAGCUACCUACUAACAUAUCGCUCAUUUUCUUCAAUAGUGUCACAACUCAAAAAAGCAGCACUCAAGAUAAACGGCUUUCAAGUUUGGAAUUUACACAUACUCCCGUAGUAAAAACGAAUACAUAUUUUAUUCUAGUAGAGAGAUAGUGGUAAUCGAUGCAGCUAUGAAACUUUUAUAAAACAUAGAAGAAAUAGCGGUAAUUUUUGCAUACUUACCUCAAAAUACGUAAUUUUUGGAUUAUGACACUAAAUGAGCGAUAUGUAUGUAUUUUCUAAUUUACGAAAACUUGCAUAUAUUGAGCACAGAUUACGCGUGGCUGCUUUGAGUUAAUAUCCUAUCACCCACGUACAUAAAUAAUGAACAAGCCCUAUUUAAUCAAUUGAAUUAACAUUGGUAUACAUUGCCUUUAGCACAGAGAGAGAGGAUAUAUUUGAAAUUCAUCAACGAGCUAUAUUAAAAUUUUAAUUCUUUGAAAAUGUAUAGAAAGAUCCUUCUCAAAUAAAUUGUAUAUGCCGAAAAAAAACGAAUAAAAAACAAAUGGGUCGGUUAUGGAUAGCAAUGCAACCACAGUUGGGUUGCCGAUGGACCAAGCCACUGAAAAUAUAUGUAUAUUUAGAACACCAACUAUAGUAUACUGCUGUAAAGUUACAGAUAAUACAAUUUCGAAAUAGGAAGAAACCAGGCUUGAAUUUAAAAAAGCUGCAAAAUUCUCGCGUCAACCACAAAUAGGCAGUUGCCAAUAACAACAACAGUUGCCAAUAAAGCAACUCAGUUCUUUCAAUUGUUAUCUCUAAUACAAUUUCAGACACUGGCAGCGCAACUGAAGUUCGAUUGCCGUUUGUAAUAAACCCAAAAAUGUUCUUAAAUCGACUUUAAUUUAUGUUCUUUUGGACUUCUUAGUGAAAGUAAGCAGCAAACUUGUUAAAUAAUGUUAGAAAUACUGCGUACUGUAAUUUAAUCCAGAUGCUGGUGAAUAAUGCUGGGGUGGGAAUCCUUGGGUUACAGGUUACAACAGUUGAGGGAACGUAAUAAUUAUUCUCAAGGGUUGGUCCUUAGUUGAGUUCGCCGGCAUCGAUCUAACAACGUUAAACCGAUCAACCUGUGAUCGACAAAAGCUUGAGCCCAGUAAACAUACAAUUUAGUAGCAUUUUGAUAAACAUCUUAUGUAUUUCGAUUAGGCGUUUUCUCUUUACGUGCAGUUAAUGUGUGCUUUUAAUAGAAGCUCAACAAAAAAUUUUAAUCCAAAGUCUAAAAAUCACUUAAGUUGUUUCAUCAAAAUCCCGCAGGAAUGUAUAUUCAUCUUAAUGAAGAAAGGUCUAACAUUUGUUGUCUUUUACCGAGUAAUUCUAAACCUUUAUAAAAUUCGAAGAUUUCCCGUAGCAAAUUUCUUCAAAAUACUCUUUUUCAAUAAACACGGAAAGUAGAUUUAGUUUGAUUUUAAAAUCUAUUAGGACAUCAGUGAACUACUUUUGUACAAAGAAGAAUUUCGAAAGAAAAUUAGUUAAUAUAUAUAUAUAUUCCCAUUGCUUUUUUAAUAUUUUGUAUGUAAUUAAACAAUCGUCGGUACUUGUGUAUAUAUUGUGUAUACAUACGUAUAUUUUUUCUACUUCAAUCUCGUUUAUACAUACAUAUGUAAUUAUAAUGAAACAAAUAACAAUCUUCAUUGGUUAGUUACA